GUGCAGCUUAGCGAGUCUCCACACACACAUGCACACCUACACUCACUCACACACGCAUAUACACGCACACACGCACACACACACUGCACACCGCCGUGGUGGUUAGUCCGCUGCUGCAUGUGCCGUCGCAAAAACUCGUUUUAAGGUGGGAGGAUUUUCACGUCACGCUGAUGGUGGUGAUAACCUUGCUGCCAUCAGUGAUGGGGAGGACCACCAUGUAGAGACAGAGAGGCAGCGGAGGCAACAGCAGAAUAGCAGCAAUGGGAAGCCACUCAUGGAGCGGGUCUGGACUGCAGCCGUGGUGAGCCUGAGAUCUACAGGACUUGGAACCACCAUUAUUGCCCUGCUCAGGACCUGACCACUGGGGCUGUCCAAAGCUCACCUGGAUGCUCCCCCCUUCGUCUUGCCCUCCUCUCCUUGUUCUCUGCUGGUCUUUCUCCUCUUCUGUUUCUUCUCUCUAAUGGUUUUCGGUUCUGCCGAUGUCUGACAGCCGCUCCUGAGGCAGAGAAGCUGCUCGUCGAUUGAUCCCGUCGGACGCCCUCCCCCCCGCUCCCCUUUUUAAUCUAUCUGCCCACUUUACCUAUCAGUGGCAUUCUUUUUCCUUUUUAUUUUUUCGGGGGUUGUCUUUGCUUGCUCAAGACCUAUUUUGGAUUUUUUUUUUUUUUUGGGGGGGGGUGGAAUGAGAUUGAGCUCAUCUCUCUGUUGUGCAAGAUUUUUGAUUGAUCAAUAAGCAAUAAGAAACACUUAUCUGACUGACUUGACCAGCUGUCAUCAUGGGGGACAUGUCGAACAGCGAUUUUUAUGCCAAGAACCAAAGAAACGAGGAGAACCAUGCGGCGAGCUUCGGCUGCUCGGUCAUGGAGCUCCGCUCGUUGAUGGAGCUGCGUGGGCCAGAGGCGGUGAUCAAACUCCAGGAGGACUACACGGGCGUAGAGGGGCUCUGCAAACGACUGAAAACCUCCCCCACAGAAGGUCUCUCGGGUGACCAAAAUGACCUGGACAAGAGAAAAGAAAUAUUUGGUAAAAACCUGAUACCUCCAAAGAAGCCAAAAACCUUCCUGCAGCUGGUAUGGGAGGCGCUGCAGGAUGUCACCCUCAUCAUCCUGGAGCUCGCCGCCCUGAUCUCCCUGGGACUCUCCUUCUACCACCCUCCCGGAGAGAGCAAUGGAGAAUCUUGCGGCGCGGCAGGAGGUGGGGUUGAGGACGAGGGCGAGGCAGACGCCGGCUGGAUCGAGGGCGCGGCCAUCCUGUUGUCGGUGGUGUGCGUGGUGCUGGUCACGGCCUUCAACGACUGGUCGAAGGAGAAGCAGUUCCGCGGGCUGCAGAGCCGCAUCGAGCAGGAGCAGAAGUUCCAGGUGGUCCGUGGGAGCCAGGUCGUACAGCUGCCAGUGUCGGACAUACUGGUAGGGGAUAUCGCACAGAUCAAAUACGGUGAUCUGCUUCCCGCUGAUGGAGUGUUGAUCCAGGGCAAUGACUUGAAGAUUGAUGAGUCAUCACUGACCGGCGAGUCCGACCACGUCAAGAAGUGUGUAGACAAGGACCCCAUGCUGUUAUCUGGCACCCAUGUGAUGGAGGGGUCAGGGCGCAUGCUGGUGACUGCUAUCGGUGUCAACUCCCAGACCGGAAUCAUCUUCACCCUGCUGGGGGCCGGCACAGAGGAAGAGGAGAAGAAAGAAAAGAAAGGAGGGGCAGUGGAAGACGGACACCAGAAUACAGACUGCUCACAUCCCCCUAUCCACCCCAUCGCAACUAUAGCCACGGAUGGGGCUGCGGGCAUUAAUGCCCCUGGCAGUGCCAGCCUAAUUAAUGGUAAAAUGCAAGAUGGCAAUAUGGAGAGCAACCAGAUUAAAGUAAAGAAGCAGGAUGGAGCAGCUGCCAUGGAGAUGCAGCCUCUAAAGAGUGCUGAAGGUGGAGAGUCUGACGAGAAGGAGAAGAAGAAGGUGUCUGGCUCGAAGAAAGAGAAGUCUGUUCUCCAAGGGAAGCUGACCAAACUGGCUGUCCAAAUUGGCAAAGCAGGUCUGCUCAUGUCGGCCGUCACAGUCAUCAUCCUGGUCCUGUAUUUUGCCAUCGAUAACUUUGUGAUGCAGAAGAAUCCUUGGAUGCCAGAGUGCACUCCCAUCUACAUCCAGUACUUUGUCAAGUUCUUCAUCAUCGGUGUGACUGUGUUAGUGGUGGCCGUGCCGGAGGGGCUCCCGCUGGCUGUCACCAUCUCCCUGGCCUACUCUGUCAAAAAAAUGAUGAAAGACAACAACCUGGUGCGUCACCUGGAUGCAUGUGAAACUAUGGGCAAUGCUACAGCCAUCUGCUCUGACAAGACGGGCACGUUGACCACCAACCGCAUGACGGCUGUGCAGUUUUACAUUGGAGAUGUGCACUACAAAGAAAUCCCAGAUCCUGGCGCUCUGUCACACAAAUCACUGGAUUUACUGGUCAAUUCCAUCUCCAUCAACAGCGCCUACACCACCAAGAUACUGCCCCCAGAUAAGGAAGGCGGUCUGCCGAAGCAGGUGGGCAACAAGACUGAGUGCGGCCUGCUGGGAUUGGUCAUUGACCUGAAGCGGGAUUACCAGCCAAUAAGAAAUCAGAUCCCGGAGGACAAGCUCUACAAAGUCUACACCUUCAACUCUGUCAGGAAGUCCAUGAGUACAGUCACCCAGUUGUCUGAUGGAAGCUUCCGCAUGUACAGCAAAGGAGCCUCUGAGAUCGUCCUCAAGAAGUGCAGCCAUAUCCUGAAUGAGGUGGGUGAGCCCAGGGUCUUCCGCCCGAGGGACAAGGACGAGAUGGUCAAGAAGGUGAUCGAACCCAUGGCGUGCGAAGGCCUUAGGACCAUCUGCGUGGCGUACCGCGACUUCUCCGGUGAUCCCGAGCCCUCCUGGGACGAUGAGUCCAGCAUCCUCAACGACCUCACAGCCAUCUGUGUGGUUGGGAUAGAGGACCCUGUCAGGCCAGAGGUGCCCGAUGCUAUCAAGAAGUGCCAGCGUGCCGGCAUCACAGUGCGCAUGGUGACAGGAGACAACAUAAACACAGCCAGGGCCAUAGCCAUCAAGUGUGGUAUCAUCCACCCCGGAGAGGACUUCCUCUGCAUCGAUGGCAAAGAGUUCAACAGGAGGAUCCGCAACGAGAAGGGAGAGGUGGAGCAGGAGCGAAUGGACAAGGUUUGGCCUAAACUCCGAGUUCUAGCCAGAUCUUCCCCAACCGACAAACACACGCUCGUCAAAGGCAUUAUUGACAGCACUGCAACAGACCAGAGGCAGGUGGUGGCUGUGACAGGAGAUGGGACAAACGAUGGACCCGCACUAAAGAAAGCUGAUGUUGGAUUCGCCAUGGGUAUUGCUGGUACAGAUGUGGCCAAGGAGGCGUCGGAUAUCAUUCUGACUGAUGAUAAUUUCAGCAGCAUCGUUAAGGCAGUAAUGUGGGGCCGCAACGUCUACGACAGCAUCUCCAAAUUUCUUCAGUUCCAGCUGACUGUCAACGUCGUGGCUGUCAUAGUGGCUUUCACCGGUGCCUGCAUCACACAGGAUUCCCCCCUGAAGGCCGUGCAGAUGUUGUGGGUGAACCUGAUCAUGGACACGUUUGCAUCCCUGGCCCUGGCCACCGAGCCUCCCACAGAGUCUCUGCUUAGGAGGAAGCCAUAUGGUCGCAACAAGCCUCUGAUCUCCAGCACCAUGACUAAGAACAUCCUGGGACACGGAGUCUAUCAGCUCAUCAUCAUCUUCACACUGCUCUUUGCUGGAGAGAAGAUCUUUGACAUUGACAGUGGCCGUAAUGCUCCUCUCCACGCCCCUCCAUCCGAGCACUACACCAUCAUCUUCAACACCUUCGUCAUGAUGCAACUUUUCAACGAGAUAAAUGCCCGCAAAAUCCACGGAGAGAGGAACGUCUUCGAUGGAAUCUUCAGGAACCCCAUCUUCUGCACUAUUGUUUUUGGCACCUUUGCUAUGCAGAUUGUGAUUGUGCAGUUUGGAGGGAAGCCAUUCAGCUGUCAACCUCUGGAACUGGAAAAGUGGAUGUGGUGUGUUUUCCUCGGGCUCGGAGAGCUCGUCUGGGGACAGGUGAUAGCCAGCGUGCCCAAUAGCAAGUUGCGUUUCCUGCGGAGGGCUGGACAGUUAACUCGGAAAGAUGAUUUACCAGAGGAAGAUAAUAAUGAAGAUAAUGAAGAGAUUGACCACGCAGAGAGGGAACUGAGGAGAGGACAGAUCCUCUGGUUCAGAGGACUCAACCGCAUUCAAACUCAGAUCCGCGUUGUGAAUGCAUUCCGCAGCUCUCUCUAUGAAGGCCUGGAAAAACCAGACUCCAGGUCGUCCAUCCACAACUUCAUGACCCACCCGGAGUUUAGGAUAGAAGACUCCACGCCCAACAUCCCGCUCAUCGACGACACGGACGAUGAUUCUGCCCGGAGGAGGAAGUACUCCAGCCAGCCCACAUCCCCCAACAAAAAUAACAACGCCAUCGACAGUGGCAUCAAUCUCACCAUCAACACCAGUAAAUCGGCCGCCUCCUCCAGCCCCGCUAGCCCUCUUCACAGCCUGGAGACCAGCCUCUAACCCUCAUCCUCGCCUCGGCUCUAUCCCUCUAAUGUCCUUUCCUUGCAGUCUGGGGGCAACUUAUCCAAUUCCUCCGGAGGUUUAACUGCAACCUUACACCUCGUCGGCCCCUAAAACUUCACCAACUCCAUCUCAUACCUCAUUUUCCAGCCCCCGUUACCACCGUUAACGCACCUUUUUUAACCUUGGGCUCUUAAAGCUCUCUGCUCCUCUUGAAAUGGAGAAAAUCUAAAGUAAUACAGUUAAGGUGAAAAGAAAAACAUUCAAUCAAAAAAAGCGCAACGAAGCCACAAAACCUUCACAGCCAUUCUGCUUUUGUGGUUGUAUGUGUACGGUGGCGGCGGUGGAUGUGUGUGUGUGUGUGACUAUAUGAGCGUUAGCAUGUACUGUGUAAGCGUGCCGCUGACUGCACGCCUGUAUGACUGUGUCUUUAGUGGCACCGGGAGGAGGAGGACGACGAGGAGAGAGACAAAACAAGACAGACUCGAAACUCCCCUUACACUCUCCUCAACGGUAACAUUGUCAAUACUGAUAAUAGUUUAAAUUAAAUUGAAAAACAUUGUUAUUAUUCUGAUUCUGAUUCUGAUUAUUAUUGUUAUUAUUAUUGUUGCUCCUGCAUGAAUGUACAUUGCCCAGGUUUUAUUUUAAUGGGUUUUAAUUUGAUGGGAGAUCUUAUAUUCAGAUGGGCUCGGCCUUGCAGCGGACUACUGUUUCAACGGGAGUUUCUCUGAGAUCCGGGCCUGCAAAGUCCCCUCUUCUGUGUGGCAUGAACAUGUACCCGACUGUAAACAUUUAUUUCAUCCAUAAACAGAAACGUUUAACGAGGUGGUAGGGCUCAACUUGCACAGUAGUUUGCACCUAUCGGAAAAAGAGGACCGCAUAAUAAUAAUGAUGAUAAUAGCAUUUAUGGUAUAUAAUCUAUAAAUAUAAAUACAUAUAAAUAUAUUUAGAGAGAGUUUAUCUUUGUUUGUCGGCAUGUUGCCUUGUUCCUGCUUCAAUGGCUCAAAAUACUUUUGACUUAUUUAUGUCUUAAAGAGAAUGUAAUUUGUUUACAACCUCGUAGAGAUUAACUUCCUGAUUUCUAGAAGGAAAGAGACGGAACCGAAGCUCAGAAGGACCAGAGCUGCGUUGGUGUGUUAUUACUGAAAAAUUGUGCUGGAAUUUGCCUGCUAUCUUUUCAAAUAUUGUAGAUAUUUUUAGAGGAUUAACAAACAAAAAGAAACCAAAAUAUAAUGGGAUACGUAGUAAAUGUGGAAUCUUAGUAUUACUCUAUAUGAUUGUUGGGAACAAGUUGGAGUGGCUUGCCUUUUCUAAACGGAGGCCUACUUUUUGUGACAGAGGGGGAAUAUUUAAUUUUUAUUCCCAAUUUUUUCAGUUUUUUUUUUUUUUUUUUUUUUGUGCUUCAGCGCUGGCCUGAGGUCAGGGCUCGAGUCAAGGCUGAUAUCAGGACCUUUACAGUGAACUUUCUUCUAGAUAUACCUGCUUGUUCAAAGGACUUGAUGUUUAAAAAGUGCGUGACACCCAAAAGGCUGCAAUCAAGUAUUAUUAGAAAUUUAGAGUUAUAUUUGGCUUAUCUGUGCAGCAUGGAAAUCAGAACUUUUUUUAAAAUUUGUUUUUGUCCAAAUUUUGAAAUAUAUUGUGUUGGUUAUUUUUCAAUUCAAUCCUUAUUUAAUAUUGGUUCCAAUGAUUUCAGUUUUUCUCUUGCAGAGUGACACACACACAACCCUACACAACAGUUGGAAUUUUUAACAUCAAAAAAAGGAAAAAUGAAACAAAAAAUGACAAAUUACAACAAACAUGAAAUGUUGCUUCGACUCGUUUUCUAUAUAUAAAAAGACGAUGCUUUUCUGCACUAUCUGGUUAUGAAUGAAAACUUCUGUGGUGUAAUUCUAGAUGUGCUUUUGUGUGUUUUAACCAAGCUUGUCUUCCCGCCGUCACAGAAUAUACAGUACUCUAGCAUCUCAACUGUACUCACUAGUCGUAAACUAUUUAUUGUGCUUUGACCAAUCAGACAUUGCCAGAGAUAAGUCACAUACAGGGGGCACAUUUACCCAGUCUUAUUGCACUCAGAAGGACAAGGCCAGUUAACUAGUCAGUACUAUUGUUAUUUCUAUUACUAACCGAAGUCAUUGGCAAGCAUGACGCAAGAGGCUCAUUAUGCAACUUGAAAGAAUUAACGAUUUUUCUACUUAAAGAAUCCUAUACACUACUUCAGUAUAUUAAACAUUUAUCCAAGCUCUUUUUUCUUUUUUUCUAUCCUCCUCCUCUGUCAUUUCCCAAUCGAUCCGUAAAUCUGGAAAGGGUGCACAAGCUUUACCAGUCAGCUCAGGCGUGUUGAAAAAGUAAUAUGGACCAUUUGAAUAAUAUGUCUUAUUUAAGUUUGAGAUAAAAAAAACUGUCUGGAUUCUGAUAUUCUGCUUAGAAGCUGUUGAUUUAUUUUGUUUCCCUUUCCAGUGUUUUAACUUGACAAUUUAUUUGUUUAUUUGUCUGUAAAAAUUUAAAACAAUAAACAAAAAACAUAACAGGAACAACAGCAUUUUUCAAUAAAAAAAAAAAAAGACUUAAGCCAACAUUUUCCAACCACUUUUACAUCCAGGAGGACAUUCAGCUUUAAGAAGAUGCAAACACAAGUUUAAAAAUAAUCUUUGUAAAUACAGCAGACGCUGAGGACAGAAACUGAAUGCGGACUGGUGUGAAAACUGUUUCUGACCUCGUCUACCAUCAUGCACGGGUCGUACUGCCGACGCAGCUGUUUCACUGCUCCUGUCAGAAACAGUUCAACAUGAGAACAUCCAAAUGGCAACUUGUGUUGUAACAACCAAUAAUUAUGUUGAUAAUAACCCCGAAGAAGAUGAUGAUAGUGAUAUCAAUGAUACUUUUUGCAAUAUACUCUCACCUGCCUCGAUGUACUGUAUUUAGCAGCAUGCAGUUUGUGGAACAAAGAAAAAGAGAAAUGCCAACAGAUAACUUUUGGCAUACUUAGCCAUUCAUGGGUAAGUGAUCUAAGUGUUCAUCUUGUUUUUAUGAUAUUUUUUUUAUCUAUACAAUAAUUGUAAAUAAAAGAACUCAAUGUCUUUGUUCAUUUAAUACUAUGCAAAAAGUCAUGCUUUUCUGAUUGUUACCCACCCUUAAUCCUAGAGUGUGUUGCUGGAAUGUUUGUGGUCUCAAAAGUCAGUAAAAACAAUGUGAUGUAAAUUAUUUUUUAGCUUGAGGAAAGUCAAAUGAUGAUGAAAUUAUUACCAUGAGGAGGAUGAUAAUAAUGGUGGUGACAGUGAUGAUGACAAUGAUGAUGAUGAUGAACUGUGACUCUUGCUGCUUGACUGUCCCAUUUACAACACUCCUGACAGGAGCGCAAGUGAAAAACAUAAUAAAAACUAAACAAAAAAAAGAUAUAUAUUGAACAAUUCACUAAAUAAAUCUCCCAGAGCAGCAUGA